GACGUAAUAAGAGAGAUUAUCUGAUUAGUCAGAGUAUUGAAGGCGGAAUGAAAGGAAUACUGGUAACAUUAGCCGUUGCAGUAGCAGCGGUAGCUUGCGCCAACCAAUGCCCGACCGAUCAGGCUUCGAACUGGGAACUGGAGUUAUUGCUUCCCCACGAAGACUGCGACAAGUUUUACAAAUGCACGUACGGAGUACCCGUCCCACAGAACUGCCCAGCCGGAUUAUACUACAAUAUUGACUACGAACAAUGUGACUGGAAAGACAGAGUCGACUGCGGUGACAGAAUCGAGCCCGAAGAAGGAGACAAUGAAGAAACCACUGUAAUCGUGCCAGUUCCAGAAUCAGAAAGUGAAUCUGAUGAAGUAGUACCAGAACCAGAUGCUGAAAGUGAAUCUGACGAAGCUGUACCUGAAUCAGAGGCCGAAAGCGAAUCUGAUGAAGCGGUGCCUGAGCCAGACGUUGAAAGCGAAUCUGACGAAGUAGCGCCUGAGCCUGAUGUUGAAAGCGAAUCAGACGAAGCGGCACCUGAGCCAGACGUUGAAAGCGAAUCUGACGAAGCGGUACCUGAGCCAGAGUCAGAAAGUGAAUCAGAAGAAGUAAUCGUGCCAGAAUCAGAGGAAUCUACUCAGGAACCAGAAUUCGAAUUCCUAGAAAAUGGUUGCCCAGUAAACCCGCUGAUCCACUGGCUGCUGCCGAGCGAAGAGGACUGCAAUCAGUUCUACUAUUGCGUGUUUGGGGAGAAGGUGUUGAGACAGUGCCCCAGAUCCCUCCAUUUUAAUCCUCAGCUUCAGGUAUGUGACUUCCCUGCGGAUGCUGGAUGCCAGCUAGCGUUCAAUAAACGUAUACCAGUGAGGCCAAUGCUGAUCAGUGUAUAGAGAAAUUCUUUGGUGCGUCCAUUUUAACUUACUUCAAGUGAUUGGCUGCUGAAUCUAAACUGAUGAUUGACUACGCAUCGGUAGCGAAUAAUUCAAUAUUGUUAUUGGCAUAGUAAUGGAAACAAUAAGACAAUAUUAUUUCGAUUUCUGUGCCUAUUGAUAAUAAAUAAAUAAUGUAACAAA